AUGUGUUCAUGUCAGGCCUUUGUCAAAGCUCAAAAGUCGAGGGCAUACUUCAAAAGGUUUCAGGUCAAGUAUAAGAGAAGGAGAGAGGGGAAAACUGAUUAUAGAGCAAGGAUUCGCCUAAUCAAUCAGGACAAGAACAAGUACAACACUCCAAAGUACCGAUUUGUCGUGCGAUUUACCAAUCAGGAUAUUAUUGCCCAAAUAGUAUCUGCUAGUAUAGCUGGAGAUAUUGUUAUGGCUGCUGCAUAUUCCCAUGAGUUGCCUCGCUAUGGACUUGAAGUAGGUCUCACAAAUUAUGCUGCAGCUUACUGCACGGGGCUUCUUUUGGCUCGUCGUGUCUUGAAAACGCUUGAGAUGGAUAACGAGUAUGAAGGCAAUGUGGAGGCAACUGGAGAGGAUUACUCAGUUGAGCCAGCAGAGAGCAGAAGGCCUUUCCGUGCUCUUCUUGAUGUAGGACUUAUUAGAACAACUACUGGGAAUCGUGUUUUUGGUGCUUUGAAGGGAGCACUUGAUGGAGGAUUAGAUGUUCCCCACAGUGACAAGAGGUUUGCUGGAUUUUCGAAGGAUUCUAAGCAACUUGAUGCUGAGGUUCACAGGAAAUACAUUUAUGGUGGCCACAUUGCUGCAUACAUGACGACCUUGAUAGAAGAUGAGCCAGAAAAGUACCAAUCACACUUCAGUGAGUAUAUCAAGAAAGGACUUGAGCCUGAUGGCCUCGAGGAACUUUACAAGAAAGUCCAUGAGGCCAUCCGUGCUGACCCGACUCUGAAGAAAUCUGAGAAACAGCCACCUAAGGAACACAAGAGAUACAACUUGAAGAAGCUCACCUACGAAGAGAGGAAGGCCCGUUUGAUUGAACGAUUGAAUGCUCUCAAUGCUGCAGCCGGAGAUGAAGAUGACGAUGAUGAGUGA